UGGAAGUGGCCUGUUAGGAGAGAAGGCAUCGGCUGCCUGAUGGCACAGGGGAUAGCAAGCAUCCGCAGAAGGUGGAUCAUCUGUCUUCAUGGAUCUUUUAAUGUUGACUGGAACAUUUCCCCUUCCUGAUUGAAAUUUCCUACUGCUAUGAAGACUAUUUGCCUUUCUCUACUCUUCUAAAUGCUUGACUACUUCUACAUGGCCCUUGGUCAAUCUGAAUUGAAACACUCUUUUCUCAAAGUGUUGGGCCUCUUCUUUAGUUAUUUGGCCUGGGCUUUGGGCAUUAGCCUAGCCAGCAGCAGAUCCUGGCGGGUAUGGGAGUUUAACAGCAACGUUGUUCCCAUUGUGUUCAUUGGACUUUGGGAAGUUUUCUAUUUUCAAAGAUUUAACAUCUCUGGCUCCAUUGUUGAGUUGCCCAUGCGUAACAGGAUGAAUGAUAGCUGGGUCAUUUCAGAUGAAAUCUGGUAUGGGCAGGACCUGAUACUAUUAGCGAAUUUUAUGAAGUCAGUAGUCCUGAUUUUUGGCUCAAUGGCACUUUUAGUGUGCUGGAUCCAUGUCCCACACCCAGAUUUCCUUCGAUCGUGUUACAACAUCUCUGCCUUCUUCCUUGUCUUCAGCAGUAGUUGUACUAUGAUUACAGUGAGCUGGAAUUUUGCUGUGGAUUUUUAUGGCCAAAGCACCCUUGAAUUCCCACUUAGCUUUCCCAUUGGAAAAGCAAUGCUAAUAAGGAAACACUUCUCCUAUGUGUUCCCACUAGGAGUUACAACUGCCACCCUAUCGCUAUUAAGUGCUGCCAUGUUCUUCUGUGAAACAUUUUCCAUGAAACAGUGGAGUCAAGUGAAACCCAUGGCUGUGAGCAAAUGUCCAAAAUGAAUGAUCUGAAUGAAGGGCCUACUCUUGUAAUGGCUGUCAGCGUUUUUUUUAAAAGAAAUAUCCUACCUACAUAUA